AUGGACUCGCUUUGUGUUCCGGGCGGUCGCGCGGACUUGCGGAGGCACGCUAUCAAGCUCAUGGCGCAGACGUACCGUGAUGCGGCGAAGGUACUGGUGAUCGACGAGGGCAUUCGCUCCCUAUGUGGCCCUGGAGUUACGUGGCAGGAUGCCUUGUUUCGUAUCUGCACAAGCGGGUGGUCCCGACGCAUCUGGACGCUGCAGGAAGGCCUUUUGGCGCGCGAACUGUACUUCGAGUUCAAGCACGGCCCAGUUGACAUCGAGGAAACGUUCGAUAUCAAGAAACACCGACCAUUCCUCUUGGGAACACCCCCAGUACAUCCAAUGGCGGCGGCGUGCACACCUUCGAUAUCACCUCAGCUAUCAGUGCAGCGUUCCGGCCGCGGGUUGUGUGGCUCAUACGCCCCUCUGCUCGGCUUCCGCGCGAAAUCCUGGCAAAGCUCGAGAGUGUUCCGGGAUGUACCCCUCGAUGAAGUCAUUGCGCUGCUGGCCAUGCGUAGAACCAGUAAAGCGGAGGACGAAACCGUCGCAAUCGCUGGUCUGCUACCGCUCGACAUUGAGGCCCUCCUAGAAAUCAACGGCCCAGACGCAGCACAGCGACGGAUGCAGGAGUGCCUCCUACGGUUGCGGACAAUACCAAGAAGUCUUGUGAUGGAAACGUCAAAUCGGCUCGACCUCCCAGGAUUCUCGUGGGCGCCGCGUUCUCUGACAAUGGUAAUAGGUGCUGUUAACACUGGGACAGGACUUUGUACGGAGGAAUGCUUCCUGGCGGAGUUUGCGGUACUAUCGUUCGAACAGCCCAUCCCCGUGCCGCCCCGAAAAUCAAGCACAUCGCCGUCGGCAAAUUACAGCCUUGCGUUCCUCUACCGUCGCGGCCAGCCAUUGAAGGCGUAUGCCAUGAGAAUCUGCCUCGCUGCGAACAAUGGUCCUGCCGAGUUCUGCGAUGCUCUGCUUCUACUGCAGGCAGGCCUUCCGGAGACGGCGAUACCCGCUGCAUGCAUCCUUGUUCAAGGUGCAAACACUCAAAGUACGAACUUGAAGGACGCCACCCAGGACGGACCUGAGAGCGCUGAUCGGCAACUGACGCGGCGUUUUCGAUGCAUUGCCCCCGGCUGCCUCGCACUGAACCCAGCGACGUCGAUGGUGUCGCAAGAUAGGAAUGAGACCACUAGCAUCCCGAGCCCAUAUAUGUCUCCGCGUGUCGAGGCUUACGUCAAGGAAAUAUACCACAGCCGGGUGCAACUGGUGUGA